AUGGGAACGGCCGGUAUGGAGGGAUGGGCCGCCAAUCUCUCGCAGGGCAUUGCUUUUAAGAAUCUUCCAUCCUGUGCCGAGUGCCACAAUUUGAGGAUGACAAAUGGCCAACAAAGAAGUCGGCCACAAUGCACCUGUGCCGAUUGGAACAUGGUGUUCAUCAUUUUCAAGAUUCCAAAGAACUACCCCUCGUUCUUUCGGAGCGACGAGAACCCUUUUGCGCCAGCAGAUGAGCGACAAUCAAUUGGUGGGUCAAAAAAAGAAUAUAUUGUGAGUCGGAGGUUGACUUUCUCUUCCUUGAAAAGAGCCUGCAACUCGACAUUCCAAUGCAUCAGGUCGAAAAUAUGGUCCAAGAAUAAUGGAGCAGCAUAUCUUGAAACAUUUUCUCUUUCUCUGGCACACAUCAAAGAGGUUACCAAAGCUGCAUCCAAAGCCAUCAGCAAUCUAACAGUUGAACAACCUCCAAUUCCUCCAACGUGGAAUGUCCCAUGCGAUGAUGUCGGAAACCAUAUUGAUGUGCCGAUGCACCUUUGCUCUCUUGGCAUUCAGAAGUCCGUGACCAGAGACCUCUUAGCCUCAUGGCUCAAGGGGAAGAAAAAAGGCACAGCCUUCAAUACCCUCUCCAGUCCAUUCUUGUCGCGUGUUGCCGAUCUCAAAUUGUAUUGGUGCCAUGCCGAGGUUUCCCAUGGGUCAUUCGUUUCCGAAAGCUGGCUUGCAUAUGCCAGAAUAUCCAAGUGGAUCCACCAGGUGCUCGACAAACUAGGAUCCGAGGCAGAAGACACAAGAUACACGGACCCAGACAUCGAUUUUCUUUCUUACAAUCUGACACAGAAAAGAAUCUGGCUUCUUCACCGGAAAAUCAGUGGCAUCAAGAAAGAUUCUCCAUAGAACCCAACCGGCACUGUAAUCGACGAUCUUGAAAGGCACGUCAAGAUCUUCCGAAUCAAUCCCAAAGUGGAGAACAACCUUGGUCUACUGAACUAUCCGGAUCUUGUGAGAGAACACGGUCCGGUUUGGCCUCUUUCAGAACUAGAUUUCAAGGGUGAGGCUUUGAUUCAGCUCCUGAAGAAGAGAUUUUCCUCGGGAACCCGUGGAGAGAACUGGGCCUAUAAUGUGACAUAUGCGUACUACAAGGAUAAAUCGCACAGGAAUGUCUUGAGAGACGCAAAACAAUCUUUCCUUUCAAGCAUGGAUGAGGAAUUGUCAUCUUCUGAACCAGCAACAUUGAAGAUUCUCCAGGCUAUAGACCACAAGAUCAAAGUGGGCGCCACAAAGGGCGGCGAAACAAGGAUUGAAGAUGAGAUGAUUCGUAACACAAACUCAAACUUUGUAAGAUACAAGGAUAUUGAGACAGCACACAGACACUUGUCCACGAGAAACAAUCUUAUCACAGGUAUUGUUGUGGAGAACGCACGAUACUUUGGUUUAGUUGGACUAAAUUGGGAGGAGGAAAGAUACUAUCAGAUUGAGCCCGAUAUGUAUCAUCUUAGUUUGUGUGGGGCCAAUUACUUCACAUGGCGGAUCUGCUCCGACAAUGAGGUCAAAAACGAUCUGGAAAAGAUCAGGGUGCGAAAAUCGAUACAUUAUUUCUGGAUGCUGCCUCUACUAGAUGACAUAUCUCCAAUGGCAAACAACAAGCCGGUUGGUUUUGUUGGCGAGGGUCAAUCUUACUAUCUGGUCUCUUCCGAAUGGAAAGAAGUUUCAAGAGGGAAAACUGACGACAUCCCGGCAAUGUUAGGCUUGCCCCAUAUGGAAAGUGCUUUGUACGAGACAUGA